GCGGGGGCGGGGCUGCCAGGGGCGGAUGAAGAUGGCGGCGGGGGCUAGGUGAGGUGUUGGCAGUGGCGAGGGGCUCGGGCGCGGGGGGUGGGGGGACGCGGAGCGAUGGCCCGCGCCGGCCGCUGGGGCGGAUGAGACCCCGUCGCGCCGCAGGUGUGGGCCGGAGGGAGGAGACGGUGCCCGAGCGCCCCGGGAGUAUGACGGGGCUGUACGAGCUGGUGUGGCGGGGGCUGCACGCGCUGCUCUGCCUGCACCGCACGCUCGCCUCCUGGCUCCGCGUUCGCUUCGACGCCUGGAACUGGAUCUGGCGGCGCUACUGCCGCGCCGCCUCCGCCGCGGUCCUAGCGCCGCUCCGCUUCGCGCGCCGCAAGCCCCCGGCGGUCGGCAGGUACCGGCGUCCCCACCACCGGCCCCCGCCGGGGAGACCGGGAUCGGCCGCCAGGCACCCCCAGCUGCGCUGGCGCGCGGACGGCCGGUCCCUGCAGAAGCUGCCGGUGCACAUGGGCCUGGUGAUCACCGAGGAAGUGCAGGAGCCCAGCUUCUCCGACAUCGCCAGCCUCGUGGUGUGGUGUAUGGCCGUGGGGAUCUCCUACGUGAGCGUCUACGACCACCAAGGUAUUUUCAAGAGAAAUAAUUCCAGAUUGAUGGAUGAAAUUUUAAAACAGCAACAGGAACUUUUGGGCCAAGAUUGUUCCAAAUACUCAGCAGAGUUUGCAAACAGUAAUGAUAAAGACGAUCAAGUUUUAAAUUACGCUUCGGCAGUGAAGGUGCUGUCCCCAGAAGAUGGAAAAGCGGAUAUUGUGAGAGCUGCCCAGGACUUUUAUGUGUGUCUUUCUUCCCAAGGUUCACAUGGUCUCCCUGAUCCGGACUUAGUGUUGAAGUUUGGUCCUGUGGACAGCACAUUAGGCUUUCUUCCCUGGCAAAUCAGAUUGACUGAGAUCAUCUCUUUGCCUUCUCACCUAAACAUCAGCUACGAGGACUUCUUCUCCGCCUUACGGCAGUAUGCAGCUUGUGAACAGCGUCUGGGAAAGUGACAGUCCCUGCUGCACAGUGUGACUUCAGGCUUUCGGAGAAAAGGACCCAAGGGACACUGAUGUUUACAAAAUACCUAUAAAACCCUGUACACACCUAGUUCAUAUUCCUCAUAAUUUAUCAACAAACACAAACAAGUGUCUUACUUGAGAGCGUGUGUGCGUGUGUGUUCAUCUGUGUGAGAGUGUGUGUGUGUGUGUGUGUGUGCGCGCGCACGCGCGCAUGUAUGUAUGAAAAUAAAUUUAUAAAUGGGGGCACAUUGGAGAGUGGAGUACAUAGAGUGGAGUUCAAGCAAGUAGCCGCAAUGUGUGUCUUAGGAACUGAGAUUUCAGGCGUAGAGGCUUCAGUUCCUGCUACUUCCCUGUUUGUCUGGGGAGUAGAGGGCGUGAGUAGGACUGAUUUAGUUGCCUGUGGUGAGUGGGGAUAAUUUUUGUUCAGUCUUUUUUAGUGACCAAACUUUAAUUUUUAAGAAUAAUAUAUUGACUUACUGAGGGGAAGUCUUCUCAUUUUGAGUGACACUCAGAGGUUCACGUUUGCUUACCUGCUGAGCAAGGGCGUGUCCUCGGCUUUCCGUCCAUUUCAUUUCAUCAUUUCAAACAGUGUGACUUGAGAGGGUUAGUCUGGUGUCUGUUCUGGGCUAUAGAGAUCGUUUGAAAAAAAAAAUCUUACAGUAUUUGAUUCUAUCUUCUAUAGAAUAUAAAAUGUUUAAAUAUUGAAUUAGGCACUCAGAAACCAACCAAGUGAUAAACAAUUAUCUUAAACAUAGGAAACCUCUUAAAGGACAGUUUUGAUUUCCUUCUGUUUGCGAAGAUGCUGGCUAGUACCCAAAGCAUUUACAAAAUGUUUCCAUUAGCUUUUUAUAUAAAAAUAAACAUUUGAGAGAAGUUACCAAGGCAGCGCUUGUCCUCAGAAGUAACCUGCUCCUCUCGGUGGCAUCUGGGAUUUUCUUCUCCCAGCACAUCUCAGUGACAGCACCAUGAUGAUUAAGCAGAUGGAGACCUCUGUUACCCAAGUCUGGAAGCGUAAUUGAACUUGGUCUUCUGUGCUCUAGAGAAUGGCACUUUUUCUGACAGAAUUGAACUCUUGAUAAAUGGUUAAUGUUUUUUUCUCACACUGCUAAUCUUUGGAUGGAAACCAUUCUUUAUACUUGAUGGACAGUUUUCAGAAAACUUUUAUCAGCACGUGUACAAGAGCCAUGUACAUUUAGAAUAGAGCAGUUUAAAUCCUAGGCCUCAGAAAUUUGGAAAAAGAUAGCAAAGGAGAUGGGUUUGGAACGUAUGGUUUGGAAUUGCUUGUCAGACUCUGAAGAUGUGUUUCAGCUUUGGAUUACAAACCCCAUUUAUGAUUUUUAAAUAUACUUGAAAUAAAAUGAUUAAAAUGAAUUUUGGUCCAGUGACAUUACUUUGCACUUCAGGGGUUUUUUUUUGUACAAAAUUUUAAAGACUUAAUUUAUUGCCAAAAUUCUGUGUAAAGCUCCACUGUAUCUAAAGGUUGUUAGAGAACUCCCCACCCUGUGCUGUGUAUGAUCUGUGUUCCUCUGGUUUUAUUCCCUCUGGGGAUGAGGGAGGGGCAGAGUGGUGUAUAAUUUAAGGCAAUUUAAGGCCUUCUCUAAACGUGAUAGAUAUAAAUGUCCUUUAUAGACUUGGGGAAUGCACAGCUUUAAUGAAUUAAAUUUACUGGACUCAAUUGAAAGAAGAGGACUCAAGCUUUGUUAUAAUGAAGUUUAUCAAAUUACCCUUUGGAAUAGAGCCAAAAUCCUAGAGUUGAGUUUUUAUACUUCCUUCUUUCCACACAACAAAAAUCCAUAGCCUAUGAUCUAAGACUGCUUGUGGCCUUAGGAAAAAAUUGCUUAAGCAAGUCAAGUGUUUUGAAUUUAAAUAUAGGCCUUCAGGAUCUUUUCACAUGAGGUCACCUGCUAAUGCAAUCUCUACACUUCAAAAAGCACUGAUCAUUCUUCAGUUCCUGCCAAGAUCAUCCCAAGUUGGAUAUCAUCAGAACCCUUUGUGCUCCCAAAAACUUUCGUGUUCAUGUGUCUCAAAGGGUGUUUCCUUUAAAUUGCUUCUCCUUGACAUGCUCCACAAUGGCAAAGACACCAAGUCAUACCUACUCAACAGAUGGCAUGGGGCAUAUGAAGAAAUGGAGGGAUUGACUUCAUUCUAAAGGUUGAUUGUAGAUUGCUCCCUAAACCUGAACAGUUAUUGUUUGAAGUUGAAAUGCUGAUUAUAAUGUGAAUAGCAAAUUCUGGUAUGUCGUGACUAAGGCUUAAGAAGACCUGUUUUCUGACAAUAAGAUGUUCCAAUGUUAGUGAACAGUGCCAAAUACACUGUGCAUAUCUCUAAUUUUCCAUUUGAAUGUAUGUUAAUUAGUUACUCCCUUCUAUGUGGUGGCCCCAUGCUUAAAGUCAGUGAAGUCCUUGUGAUGUUUGUUAUGCUUAGAGAUUUUGGCAACUUGUAAAUAAUGUGUAUAGCAAGUUUUUAUGAUUAAGGAAUCAAAUUUAUUGAAUUUUAUUAUUGAAAGUUGAAAUAAGAUGUAUGAACAAAAAAAAAUCAAUAAAAGAAUAUACUCUUUUCAUGGA